AUGCCUUCGUUCGGGUCAUUCCUCAAGAAGAAGCUGACAAAGGAGGGCCACCCCGACAAGGACGGCCACAGCCACAGCAGUGCCAGCAACCCCACCAGCCCCGUCGCACCCUCGGCGCCCGCCUCCAAGCUUUUCGACUCGUCGACGCUGCAGCAGCCGCGAGCGCCCGGCGGCACCGCCGUCUCGCCUGGCUCCAUCUCGCCGUCUGCAUCCACUCCCAUUCCCGCCUCCGCACCCGCGUCCUCGAUCCCAGCCUCUGCGCCAGCCUCUGCGCAAGCUCCAGCUCCUGCCGCCUCUUCAGCCGAGCGAGACACGGCCAAGGCCGCUCCUCCCGUCUCCCCGACGUCGACGUCGACCUCGACCAUGAAUCCCGUCAACGUCCAGUCCUACGCGCCGCCGGGCCACGACUCGCAGAACCUCCCCAGCAUCAGCAACCUCAUCAAUUCGCCCCAGAAUGACGGCUCGACCAACGGCUACGCCCCCUCGCCCUCGCCGUACCAGACCUCAGCUCCCGUAAUGGCCGACUCCAAUGCCCAGCAGCAGCAACACCUGCCGUCGGAGAUGCAGCUGGAUCCACCGCAACAGCAGCAGCAGCAGCAGGCUGUUCCGCAACAACAACAACCGCAGCAGCACCAGCCCCAACAACAGACCCAGCAACAACAGCACCCACCCCAGCAGCCUCAUCAUGGACACAGCGUAUCAUUGUCCCAGCCCCGCGUCACCAAGGGCAAGUACUCGCUGGGCGACUUUGAGAUCUUGAGAACGCUCGGCACCGGUAGCUUCGGUCGCGUUCACCUGGUCCAGUCCAAGCAUAACCAGCGCUUCUACGCCGUCAAAGUGCUCAAGAAGGCGCAGGUAGUCAAGAUGAAGCAAGUCGAGCACACAAACGACGAACGCCGCAUGUUGAGCGACGUCAAGCACCCAUUCCUCAUUACCCUGUGGGGUACCUUUCAAGACUGGAAGAACCUUUACAUGGUUAUGGAUUUCGUCGAGGGCGGUGAGCUGUUUUCGCUGCUAAGAAAAUCUGGGAGAUUCCCUAAUCCGGUCGCCAAAUUCUACGCUGCCGAAGCCACGCUGGCGCUGGAAUAUCUACACUCUAAGAACAUUAUAUACCGCGACUUGAAACCUGAGAACCUACUGCUGGACCGGCAUGGGCAUCUUAAGAUUACAGACUUUGGCUUCGCAAAGCGAGUGCCAGACAAGACGUGGACGCUGUGUGGUACACCAGAUUACCUGGCUCCUGAGGUAGUCUCUAACAAAGGCUACAACAAGUCUGUAGACUGGUGGUCCCUUGGAAUUCUGAUAUACGAAAUGCUUUGCGGAUACACGCCCUUUUGGGAUAGCGGCUCUCCCAUGCGCAUCUACGAAAACAUUCUCAGGGGCAAAGUCAAGUAUCCGGCGUAUAUCAACCCGGAUGCCCAGAAUUUGCUCGAGCGAUUGAUUACGGCGGACUUGACCAAGAGAUUGGGCAACCUGUUUGGAGGCUCACAAGAUGUCAAGAACCACCCGUGGUUCGCAGAAGUUACAUGGGAUCGAUUGGCGCGCAAAGACAUUGACGCCCCCUACACGCCGCCAGUCAAGGCUGGAGCCGGCGAUGCCAGUCAAUUUGACAGAUACCCUGAGGACCCCGAAAAGUAUGGGGGUCCGGGCGGCAAUGACGAGUAUGGUAACCUGUUUACUGAAUUUUAA